AUGACAAAGGAAUGGGAAAACGUGAUAGAAAGAAGUGUUAACACUGCUGCCUCCCACGCGAAAAAUGCACAAUUCAAGUUCCAAGAUGAAGGUUUCAAAGAAUCUCACAAAAUUCUUCUGGAAGUGUUUUCGGACCGCGUAGACCGUUGCUUCGAUGCGGAGAUCGAAGGCAGCUUUGCUGAAACGGAUCUGGUCGAGAAAUUGCAAAAUUGCAACGUGAAAACGUCUGUUGCCUACACAAUCAGCGCUGUUUUUGUGAUCAACAACUACCAAGUGCACAACGUUCUUCAGAUGAGCCAAGUCGCUGAAAAAAUUGCCGUUCUAGUUGCCCAAAUUCGAAACGGAAAGCUCGGAAAUAUUUCUGCAGUGUUCGACUUCCUUCAAUUCGGGAAUGAAUACUACAAAAGAUACAUGGCGAAUAAGGUUGCAGUAGCUGUAGUGUCUCAGGAGAAGGCGUUAGUGGAAUUCGACGGAUACUGUUUGGUAUGCGUACUGUAUGUUCGAUUGACUGCACAGCCGUUGCCAUAUUUUAUUCGGAUGUUUUUGAAAAAUAUGACCGAUCUUCGGAGAUGGCCAGCAUUGAUCAUUUUUCCAAAUAAUCUUGAACCAUUCAACUUCGUCCAAUUCGAAAACCCAAACAAAGAAGCGGCCGAGGAAGUUCCAGAAGAGCCAAUUGAAUACAUUGUGGUGGAUCCCGAUGAAAAGGCUCCAAAGACCAAGGAACCUGGUGUAGUUCUCGAUGUUUUGGAUCUUUCCGAUGAUGAAGAGCCAACAAGAGCUCCAACUCCAAUGGUAGUCGACUUGCAAGUAAAUAUGAAACUGGAGGAAGAGGCUGGAGCUGCUGACCAUGCCGAGGAACCGGAUGCCGACAUUUGA